GCAGCCCUGACCGUGAAGUUUCUAACCAAGAGGUUCAUAAGCGAAUAUGAUCCCAACUUGGAGGACACCUACACCUCGGAGGAGCUGGUGGACCAGCAGCCCGUGCUGCUGAAGGUGAUGGACACUGCCGAUCAGGAUGGCCCCGGGAACUGCGAGCGCUACCUGCGCUGGGCCAGCGCCUUCCUCGUCGUCUACAGCAUCGACAACAGGAAGAGCUUCGAGGGCUGCCAGCGUUACCUGGAGGUCCUCGCCCUGCACGCGAGGGGCUGCCAGCGCCGCUGCCCCGUGCUCCUGCUGGGCAACAAGCUGGACAUGGAGCAGUACAGGUAUCGGGCGCGGGGCGAGGCUGUCUUUUCCCG